CGGUCCCAUGGAUCAAACCUGCAAAUCGAUAAUCGCGAUUCAUGUUAUAACAAACGUCAUUGGACGGAUCCGCAUGCAAUUUCUUGCAGGAAUCGGGUGUCAUUUGACGGCUGCUCGUCGUGAGGUUGAGGUAGUUGGUGCUUGUGCCCCGUGAUGUGGUGUGUGGGGGAGGAUGAUAAACAGUCAGCGGAGAACAGGAGGAACAUGGCGGCACAGUUAGCGAGCAGAAAUGUUGUUUCACUACCGCGAAGGUCAGAGCUGCUUCUGAUUAACGGGAUUUAACGGCGAGGAUACUACCAAAAGUUUUAAAUCGGAGCAGCGGGGGAUGCACACAGAUUUCCCAGCAUUGCCGUCCUGCAGCAAUGCCCUGAGGGACUUUAUGGACUGAAGCCAAGGCGCGGAUAUGCAGUGAGGAUGAGUGGUGUCGGUGAAAACCCAUCUGACCCGUCCAGGGCAGAGUCCCGGAAACGUAAAGAAUGUUCCACAGAGCUUCUGGGACCCAGCCCCAAGCGGAGCAACGAGAAGCGCAACCGAGAGCACGAGAACAAGUACAUCGAGGAGCUCGCAGAGCUCAUCUUCGCCAACUUCAACGACAUCGACAACUUCAACGUCAAGCCCGACAAAUGUGCCAUCCUGAAGGAGACGGUGAAGCAGAUCAGACAAAUCAAGGAGCAAGAGAAGGCUGCGGCGGCCAAUGAAGAGGAGGUGCAGAAGGCCGACGUCUCGUCAACGGGCCAGAGCGUGAUCGACAAGGACGCCCUGGGCCCCAUGAUGCUGGAGGCGCUGGACGGCUUCUUCUUCGUGGUGAACAUGGAGGGCAACAUCGUGUUUGUGUCGGAGAACGUGACGCAGUACCUGCGCUACAACCAGGAGGAGCUGAUGAACACCAGCGUGUACAGCGUGCUGCACGUGGGCGACCACGCCGAGUUCAUCAAGAACCUGCUGCCCAAGUCCCUCGGACCCCGCGGAAGAGGAGGCACCUGGAGGGUCAGGGAGGCACCUGGGGGCACUGGGGGCACCCCCAACUGCCCCCAGUGCCCCCAGUGUCCCCCAGAGCCCCCCAGUGCCCCCAGUGCCCCCCCAGUGCCCCCCCAGUGCCCCCCAGUGCCCCCCCAGUGCCCCCCCAGUGCCCCCCAGUGCCCCCCCAGUGCCCCCCAGUACCCCCAGUGCCCCCCAGAGCCCCCAGUGCCCCCCAGAGCCCUCAGUGCCCCCCAGUGUCCCCCCAGUGCCCCCCCAGUGCCCCCAGUGCCCCCCAGUACCCCCCAGUACCCCCCAGUACCCCCCAGUGCCCCCCCAGUGCCCCCCAGUACCCCCCAGAGCCCCCAGUGCCCCCCAGAGCCCCCAGUGCCCCCAGUACCCCCCAGUGCCCCCCAGUGUCCCCCCAGUGCCCCCCAGUACCCCCCAGUACCCCCCAGUGUCCCCCCAGUGCCCCCCAGUACCCCCCAGUACUGGGGGGUACUGGGGGGUACUGGGGGGCACUAG